AUGGCCAGCGCAGCGACACAUUACCCUCACGGGGAUGUCCAUGAUGAUGAAUCGAUUCUUGAUGAUGAUGACCGUCGCGCGCCGCAGAACACUAUCGAUGAGACGGUUUGGGCGACGCUGUCCCGCGACCUUCUUGCGGUCUGGGAGAAACUGCGUCAGGUCCUGUGGCCCAAGUACUUGCUGGGCGGAAUGCUGCAGCGUGGUGGAGGCGGUAUGGGUGCCGCCGAGCGAGGAGAAGCCACUGGAUUUGGCGGUGGUAUGAGAAACAUGAUCGGACGCUGGCCGGAUGCCGACACUGUCUUGCAAGGUGGAAUGAGUGAAGGGCUACGUGAUUGGGACCUUUGGUGCGUGGUCUUUACUCCCGGCCUGCUUCACUGCAUGUGGAUUGCGCUGACAAGUCUUACUUCGUUAUGGCAGGGGCCCUCUUAUUUUCUGCUUGCUGUUGAUUCCUUCUUCCAGUCCGUCUGCAUCAUCGGCUACACGCUGUUCCCUUUGGUCAUUGCGGCUCUCCUCAGCGCCUUGGGCUUGCCGACCAUUGCACGGAUACCGGUCUAUCUCGUCCUGGUCGCAUGGUCUUUGGCCGCCGGCGUGAGCAUCCUGGGCGGCUCGGGAGUUGUCCGGAACCGGGUCGGUAUCGCGGUCUAUCCGCUGUUCGUGUUCUACAUUGCAAUCGGAUGUCUCUGUUUCAUCAGCUAG